CAAGCCUCUUGGGGCUAUAUAUAUGUGUCUUAGGAUCAUCAUCACAUACCUAUCACAACACACACAAGUGAGUCAUUAAAUUUAUAUUCACCACUAAGCCAUGGAGAAGAAAUCAUUAGCUGCCUUGUCCUUCCUCUUCCUCAUUCUAUUUGUUGCACAAGAAAUUGUGGUGACUGAGGCACAAACCAAAUGUGAGCAUUUGGCUGAUACAUACAAAGGACCAUGUUUCACUAAUGCUAGCUGUGAUGAUCACUGCAAGAAUAAAGAGCAUUUUCGUAGUGGCACUUGCCAUGGCUUUCGUUGUUGGUGCACUCAUCAAAACUGUUAAGUUGAUGUAUGGAUGGAUUAAUUGUCCAACACCAAUACAUAUGAAGAAGCAUGCAUGUGUAUGAAUUGCUGAAUAAAAACUUUAUAAUUUAAAUAAAUAAAUUAUGUUUGUACUCAUCAUAUAUGUGCAUAAUGUAUUAGUUAUGCACAAUAAAACAUUAAUCGAUGAUUUCGUUAUCAA